AGACAAUAAGGUUUGUCGCUCCCUACUGCGGCUCCCUUCACCAUUUCCGUACGUUUGCGGAAGCCAUCAGGUACUACUACCAUAUCUCUACGCCCACCACUCUGCCUACCGGACCGUUACCAAAUCCGGCGCCAUCCGAAGUCUCCGGUAACCUUCAUCACCGUCCUCCGCAACCGCGAUGAUCGUUUAUCCAACACGGACGGCUGAGAUAUGCUAGAUCCUUUUAUUGUCAUCCAUUUCCGGUCCAAGAUAUGGCGUCGCCAGCGCAAAAAGAUCUCUGAGAGAACUCUGAAAACCUAGCGAUCUCUUCCGAACAGUUUGCGACGAGGUUAGAUAUUUUCCUUUUCCGAUUUGACUGUCUCUUAAUUAUAUUCGAAUAAAAUAUGAUGAAAGCGCGGCCUGAAAUGGGGAGUUGACCAAUCUGAAGCUGGCGAGUGAAAUUCCUGAAGGUUUAGGUAAGGAGGAGAUGAAUUUGAGUGCGGACGAAGAAUCGGUCCAUGAAAUUCGUCGUCUCCCGGCGGAAAUCGACUGGGAAAUGCUAGACAAAUCUAGAUUUUUCUUCCUCGGCGCCGGCUUAUUUUCCGGCGUAUCAGCGGCGCUUUACCCCGUGGUGGUGCUGAAAACGCGGCAGCAAGUGGCGGAGUGUCCUCCGCUUUCGUGCAUCAAAACGGCGCUCUCUAUUGUGAAAAACGACGGCGUUCGCGGGCUAUAUCGAGGAUUCGGGACUUCAUUAAUGGGCACGAUUCCAGCCAGAGCACUAUACAUGGGUGCUCUGGAGAUCACAAAGAGCAGCCUAGGGACUACCACGAUCAGGCUAGGGUUUCCGGAGGCGACGGCGGCGGCCAUAGCGAAUGCUGCCGCCGGUUUGAGCGCUGCAAUUGCCGCGCAGCUGGUGUGGACCCCAGUCGACGUGGUGAGCCAGCGUCUCAUGGUACAGAGCAAUGCCUCAACCAACUACCUCAACGGAUUCCACGCAUUCCGGAAGAUUCUGAGCACAGAAGGGGCGAGAGGGCUGUACAGAGGAUUUGGGAUUUCGAUCCUCACAUACGCGCCGUCGAAUGCGCUUUGGUGGGCGUCUUACUCUGUUUCCCAGAGGCUAGUCUGGAGUAGCUAUGGUCGGGUCCGGACAGGUAUGGAUUAUCGCAGCCCCGACCCGAAGACCGUGAUGAUUGUUCAGGGUGUCAGUGCAGCCAUUGCCGGUGGGGUAUCGGCAUUGAUUACAAUGCCUCUGGAUACGAUUAAGACGAGGGUGCAGGUCAUGGACGGCGGUGAUGGGCGGAAGGGACCCUCGGUUAGGCAAACACUGAGAAAUCUGGUUAAGGAAGGUGGGUGGGGUGCUUGUUACAGAGGGUUGGGUCCGAGGUGGGCAUCCAUGUCAAUGUCUGCCACUACCAUGAUCACUACUUAUGAGUUCUUGAAGCGGCUUUCCACAAAGAAUCAGGAGGGUUGAAAUCACAUCUCACUAAUCUUAAUCCAUGUUUAUUAUGUGUAGUUUUUCAUGGUUUGAGUGUUGUGCGGAUUGUUUGACCACUUUGUGGGUAGAGACUGUACAAUUGUACAUACAAGUAUCCUGCUUCUUACUUCUUCUAUGAACUUUUUUCUCGUAGUAUUACAAAUUGUGGGAUUAUCAAGAAGGAUAGAAUUCUUCUAAAAAAUCAAGAAGGGUAGAAUUAUGUCUU